AUGACCGAAACAAAGCUGCAGCUAGAAGACUGGCUGGAUGACCUCUGCGUCCGGUUCAUCAUAAAUCUCCCUCGUGAAGAACUCGAAUCGGUGGAGCGCAUCUGUUUCCAGGUCGAGGAAGCACAAUGGUUCUACGAGGAUUUCAUCCGGCCCCUCGACCCGGCUCUGCCGUCGCUGUCCCUCAAGGCCUUUGCCAUGCGCAUCUUCCAGCACUGUCCGCUCAUGUCCCAAUGGUCCCACUACCACCACAUCACCGCUUUCUCCGAGUUCCUGGCUUACAAGACCCGCGUUCCUGUUCGGGGAGCUAUCCUGCUGAAUGACUCGAUGGAUGAAGUCGUCCUGGUCAAGGGCUGGAAGAAGGGCGCCAACUGGAGUUUCCCCCGAGGCAAGAUCAACAAGGAUGAAAAGGACCUGGAUUGUGCCAUCAGGGAGGUCUACGAGGAAACUGGCUUCGACAUUCGAGAGGCCGGCCUUAUUAAGGAUGAGAACGACGUCAAGUACAUCGAAAUCACGAUGCGGGAGCAGCAUAUGAGGCUGUACGUCAUCCGUGGUGUGCCCAAGGAUUUCCAGUUUGCCCCUCGGACCCGAAAGGAGAUCAGCAAGAUCGAAUGGUAUAAACUAUCGGAGCUGCCCACUCUCAAGAAGAGCAAGAAUCAUGACGCUGCCAAUGCGAAUAAAUUUUACAUGGUCGCGCCUUUCCUCCACCCGCUGAAGAAGUGGAUUGCGCAGCAGAGGAAGCUCGACGCCAAGAACCAAGCAGCCUCCCUGCAGAUGACACAGACCGAGGGUGAAACAUCCAUGGAUGAAGCGUUCCAUGCAAACGGCGGAUUCACGCCGAAGCAAGAGGCCCGUCGCGCAGCCAUUUCUAGUGAUCUUCCCGAAGUCGCGACUCCUCAAGAUGUCUCUUCUCACCUGAAACGCCUUCUCAAUAUCGGUGGCACCGGUACUGCCUCGCCGUCUGGCCCACAAGCUGGCGCGCCUUCGUCCUCCGCUAGUGACCCCUCCAAGUCGAAUGCUCUGCUGGCACUGUUAAGAAGCGGUUCCAAUAGCGGCGGUGGUCAGAUCAGCGAGAACGGUGUUGGAAUGACACCGCAAACUGCUUCUGCGCAGAUGCCCCCGCAACACCUGUCUCCGUUGAACCAUUUUUCCAAUUCCUCGCAACCAUUUCCAUUCUCAAGCCAGCAUGCACCUGGCCCUAGUGGGCAGCCGCAGCCGCAGCCGCAGCCUCAGUCCCAGCAAAGGCCUCCCACAAAUCCUUUCCCUCCGCUCAAUGCGGGAUUUCCACCCGCAUCUCAGGCGUCUCAAGGACCGCCGUUGGAUCGCUCUUUUGCGCCAAAUACUGGGAUGCCUCCCUUUUCCGGAUACCAAAACGCACCAGUGCCGGGGCAGCCGGUUUCGGCUCUCAACAAUCAAUUCAAGCCAUUCCAGUACGCGCAGAGUUCGGGUCCAUCAUAUCAGCCGCCUCAACAGCAUGUUCCAGCCCCAUAUCAGCAAACUGGUGAUCCCCAGUUCGCCCAGCCGAUGCAGAAUGCCCAAGGGCCAGUUGUGCCCCCGGCAAGUAAACUGCCGCCUCCGAAACUGACUAGCCAUUCAUUAGCUCUUCUGAGCGUCUUCAAAAACGACACUACUCCCACAGCUAAGCCGGCUACUCCUGCUGUUUCGCAACCCGAAUCCGGGUCAUCGGCGACACACAAGCCGUCGCAGCACCAGGACCACCUGCUGAGUCUGCUCAAGGGGUCAUCUUCUGCUCAAACAACAACGACCGCCGCAGAGUUACCUGCCCAGCCAGUGUCAUUGCCAUCGCUUCCAAAACAGAUUCUUCAGCGUCCUAGUCAGGGCGAUGGCAAACCUCCAGCGAAGCCUGCAAAUAUCAAGAAGGAGCGGCACGAGGAGGAAGCUCUGGCGUCUGCCACUGUUUCUGGGCCAUUGAAAACUCCUGAAUUCGACAGAGCCGGCAAGCCUUCUAAGAAAGCAAAUGGCACGUCGCGGAAGACGGACAAAGAGCGGCGGACUCCGGCUUCGCCGAUUACCAUUUUGUCGCGGCCACAGAGUGCGAAAAGAGACUCUCCUGCGCUGGCGGAACCGGUUUCACGACCCCAGUCUCAGACACCGGUCGAAAAAGCGAAGUCACCGGGUCCGUCGAAGCAUUUCCAGCCACAGAUCCUUCGCCGUUCCGAUAAGCUGGAUCUGAACGAAAUCCUCCCUAGCCGUACCGUGGCAGUUCAAGAAUUGUCUCAGAAUCAGCCGGCUGCGGCCGAGAAGGAGGUCGUUGUGCCGCCGAAUCGGGUCACGCAGCCAAACUUCGAUCGUCGCCCAAGUCAGACGGCCGCACAGAGGGAAGUCUUGCUCUCUCUGUUCGGGAAGUCGCCCACUCCCCAGAGCUCGACCCUGGCUACAAAAGAUGAGCCAUCCACGGGCCGACCUGCCGUUUCUCCCGCUCCUAGCCACGAGACCAGCUUCGGCAGUGCCGAUAGCGGUGCUCGAACGGGGACGAAUAGGAUGACGUCGUCAGACAACAAAGCGUUUCUGCUUGGAUACCUGGAGGGAGUUGCCAAGGGGCAGAGGUGA